AUGGCAACGAUCAAGGACCCAACUAACAUGGACUGGGAUCAGAAGAUCAAGGAGGUAGAAAGCUACCUAAACACUACUUACAAUGCCUCAACAGGGACAAGCGCCUUCAAGCUCUUGCAUGGAUAUCAACCAAGGAUGCAAGAUGAACAUGGUGUACUGAGAUGGCUGAACACGGAGAAUAACGAGUGGGUAUGCCCUGAGAAACUUCAAGAGAUAGCUCAAGGGGACAUAGUGAGCCAGCAAGAAAAGUCAAAACAGCACUUCAACAAGCGUCCUUUCUCAGCGGACAAGUUAAGUGUUGGAGACAUAGUGGUCAUGCACUGCGUUCCAAAGCACACUGGUGGUGCCCCAACAAAAGCCCACAAAAGGUGUAGAGGUCCACUCACAGUGGUAGAAGUUCUCCCAGCAGACACCUACAGAGUGACCGAGAUGACCGAAAGAAACAGGGUCUACUCGACAAUCACCCACAUCAGCCAUCUGAAAAGAUGGGGUGGAAAAACCAUGCAGGAACAGUUCGACCAGUCAAGCUCUGAUCAGGAAGAAAUCAUGCCGAGACGUAGCACACAUGUAUCCAAAAGACCUGCGUAUCUUCGGGACUACACCACAUGA